UAAGUGAUUUGAAACUUUUUUUUGGUAUCUGUAAUUUUAUAAAUUAAAACUAAUUAUAAUAUUUAAUGAUUUUUAUAAUUUUCACGAUGACUUAAUCAAACAUUUUGAGUUGAUUAAGCCAUUUAUCGAAGUUCCUUAUGUAAUAACGCGUUCGUUGUGUUUCAUGGAGUUGUAAAAACUCGAAGAACUGUGGGAAAGGAGAAAAUGUCGUUUUCGGUACGAUUUAAUGCAGAAGAUGAAGAGGUAGAGGGAUUGUGUACUACUCCCACAAAAAUACAAUCAACAGGGUCAACUGAUGAACAAUUAAAAACACCUGAACAAUCCUUUGGAAAUUCUCAAUAUUUAGGUUUAUUUGGAUUAAAAAGAUCAACUAGCUUAGAUGCUGAAUAUUCACCUUGUGAUACAACUAUUAAGCGCCUUGAUAGUUUUCUAUCAGAUAUUAAAGAAGGAUUGUGGAGGAGCGAUAGUGGUGGUGAUUUAAGCAUGGCAUCAAAGAAAACUGAUGACUCUGGCCAAGAUGAUGAUUCUGUUUCUAUAAUAUCUAAUGAAAUUGAUGAAGCAGAAGAAGAAGAACAAAUUCAUUAUAAUGUUAUUGAUAGACAUUUGUUUGGUAUUCGCCGCAGAUACACAAAAAUGACAGAAAAAAACACACCAGUAGAUAAUGUAGAGACAGCAAAAGAUGCUUUAGAAGACUUAGAGCUGAAAUCAAAUACACCAGAAGUAAUUAAAUAUGAUUGCUCAGAAAAUGAACUUCUAAAACCAAAAGAUAAAAUGAAAUAUAUUAUAUUUAUUUUGUUUGGUAUAACUGGAUGUUAUGUUAGCUACAAAUUUAUUCCAAUAUAUAUCAAUACUUUUAUGCUUGGUAGUCUGAUUGCAUUUAAAUUUAGACAUGUCUUAGAAAUGUUUACAACUGAAGAUUUUAGAAAAAAUCAGUUCCUACCUAAUUUAGAUUAUAUUCCUGAUAAUGAAGCUACUAUUAUACGAUCAUUGAAAGGUUUAUAUGAUCUUGAUCCACGUUUGAUGUUGUUUAAAGGAUGGAUGAACCAAUUUCUCUAUGAUUAUCGCCCAGAAACUUAUCGACUUUCACUUACAAUUUCUGUGUAUGUUAGAUUAAAAGGAUCAAUACUUAUUAUGUCUUAUCCAUAUUAUAAAGUUCCUAAAAGAUCUUUAUACAAUGAAACCAAACCUAAAUUAUUGUUUGUUAAGGAGUGCAUGUACAAGUUGUCAAAAUGUAAAAUUACUUUAUUACCUCAAAAUUUAGUAAAUAAAAGAAAAUGGAGUAAAAAAUACCCUAUUUGCAUAGAAUUAAACUCCGAUUCAUUAAUUGGUGUUAGACGCUCAUUAAAAUUUAGAAAAUUUAUUCAAGGAGCAGAUGAGUGGAUGUGUAAAGAUUACGUUACACCGUCAUUACAAGCUCAGUCAUAUUACGAGGAAAUGAUGGAAUGUGGCAUAUCAGAUAUGAAAGAUGAUUAUGACUUUAAAAAUGAAGCUAAUUAUUCUGAAAAUAAGCAAAAUGAAAAAAAAAAAUUAAAGACUGAUGUGAUCCAAACUGAUUCCAAAAAUGAUCGUAAAAUCAAUGAAUCAGCGCCAUGUACAUCAAAAAAUGCUGAUAAAUCAAAUGACUUUGAAGAAGAAAAUGAAGUAGAUGGUGAAUGGAAAACUGAUUCUGAUAAAAUAUAUUUAUUUGCUAGAAAUGACCCAGAAAAGGAAUUAUGGUUUCACCGAUUAAAUCUUUCUUCUGCAUUUGAUGUGGUAGCUGCUGAUGAAUUGACCAAUAAGAAAAAGCAAAAUGUAGAAGAACACAACAAAUUUAUCAAAGCUUAUCUUGGUUAUCUAUUUAAUGUUUACGAAUUAUCUAAUUAUCCAGUAUUGACUGAUCAAAAAAAAAAAGAGAAUUUGAUUGAUGUUCAAAUUAAUGAAAUUUCUGAUGAUCAACAGUAUUUAUGGUUAAAUAUGCUUUUGGGCCGUGUAUGCUUUGAUUACUUACAAAAUCCUAAAAUACUUGAAAUGAUUGCUGAUAAAUUUCAAAGAAAGUUAAAUGCUAUAAGGUUACCAAAAGUAAUGGAUAUGCUUGUGAUUCGGAGCUUAUGUUUUGGAAAGGGUGAGAUUCCUUCUAUACGGAAUGUAUCAAAACCUUGGAUAGAUCAUCGAGGAAUAUGGUUUGAAGUUUACAUUUCUUAUAAUGGAUCAUUUCAAGCAUCAGUUGAUACUAAACUUAACCUUAUGAAAUUAAAAAAAGAAGAAACUCGACAACAAAAAGAAGAAGUAAGAAGUGCUGUGUAUGAUUCUAAUCAAGAAGAUAGUGGUGAGACAUCAAAUGACGAAGGCCAUACACGAGAAGAUGUUAAUUUUGCAGAAAGAUUGUUUGAACAGCAGUCCUUAAAUGAUCCACCUCCACCACAAGGAAGCCGUAUUACAAGGUUUAUGGAAAAUUGCUCUUCUGGUUUUCUUGAACUGAAAUUUGUUAGAAAAGUUUUUGAAAAUGUUGCUAAGAAGGAACUUACUCUUGUUAUCGAUGUGAAACAAAUAGUUGGGACACUUAUAAUCAAUUUGCCUCCACCGCCCACUGAUCGUGUUUGGGUUUCUUUCAAAGGAAGUCCCCAGAUAAACUUUGAAGCUAAGCCAAAAGUAAAUGACACAAAUGUUCCACUCAUGGAUGUUCUUACUAAAGCUUUACAUAAUAUUUUAAUUAAAGAAUUUGAAAAAGUUAUUGUUCUACCAAAUAUGAUUGAUUUUUCUAUACCAUUGAUGAAUAGUGAAUAUUAAUUUAAACCUUAAAUAUUAAAGGAUUAUACAGAGGGUUUAAUUAAUAAGAAAAAAGUAAUUGUAAGUUUCUUAAAAAAAUAUCUAUGAUUAUAAUGUGGAUGUAAGCAUUUGUUACCAAUGAUUAAAAAAAUAUACUAAAAAAAUAUGACUGUGAUAAUGUUUUAGUUUUGCCAAUAUGUUUCAUUUUAAUAUAUGUUUUUAUUUUAGUUGAUAACUUCUUCCAAUGUUUAAAUAGUAUUUGGCUGUCAAAGUACCUAUUGUUAAUUUAUUUUGUAAGAUUUUUUAAUGAAAGUAGUUCGAUUAGCGGGAAAUGCACAUAUUUAACAAAAGGAUAAAAAUCCUAUAUCCAAAAGGCUGUAAUAUCUAAUCGAAUUACCUACUGUUUACUUUAUACUAUUUCUAUUUUAAGAUUUUUAAGAAAGUGUGUUGUUUUAUUUUGAAUUUUAAAAUCAAAGAUACCUAUAAUAGACACAAAACAACACAAUUAUUUUUCAAAUUUGUUUAUUACAUGAUAUUUAUUAAUUUAUUAU